AUGUUAUUCAAGACUAUUGUUUCGUCAGCUUUGUUGGCUCAAGCUUUAGCUGCUCCAGCGGUUCACAAUCACCAUCAACAUAACCAAGAAAAAAGAGCCGUUUACGUUGUUACUCAAACUAGUGUCGUUGUUGUAACUUUGGGUGCUGGUGAUGCUACUACUACUCUUUCACAAGUUUCAUUAUCACCACAUACCGAUGUUUCAGUUGCUUCUCCAGUAACCGAUGCUCCUCAAGUUGUUCCUUCUUCAAUUGUUUCUGAAUCAGAAGCUCCAUCUCCAGUUUCUUCAGAAACUCCACAAUAUACCGAUACUCCAAGCACUGGCUCAGGAGGUGCUAAAGGUAUCACUUAUUCACCAUACUCCGAUGCUGGUGGUUGUAAGACAUCUGCUCAAAUUGCUGUUGAAAUUGCACUUUUGGCUGGCUUUGAUGUCAUUAGAUUAUACGGUGUUGAUUGUGAUCAAGUUGCUCAAGUCUUGAAAGCAAAACACUCUGGCCAAAAGAUCUUUGCUGGUAUUUUUGAUGUUGGUCAAAUCUCCCAAGGUAUUCAAACUAUUGCAGAUGCCGUUGCAGCUCAUGGUUCUUGGGAUGAUAUCCACACUAUCUCCAUUGGUAACGAAUUAGUUAACUCUGGUCAGUGCUCUCCAGCUCAAAUCAAGGGCUACGUUGACGAAGCAAGAGGUGCUUUAGCCUCAACCGGCUACAAAGGUCCAGUUGUUUCAGUCGAUACUUUUAUUGCCGUCAUCAACAACCCAUCAUUAUGUCAAUACUCUGACUACAUUGCAGUCAAUGCUCAUGCUUUCUUUGACGGUCACUAUACCGCUGAUCAGGCCGGUGACUGGGUCUUGUCUCAAAUCCAAAGAGUCUGGACUGCUUGUGGUGGUUCAAAGAAUGUCUUGAUCACUGAAACAGGUUGGCCAUCAAGAGGUGAGUCUAAUGGUGCCGCCGUUCCAUCUUUAAAAAACCAACAGAGUGCCAUUUCCUCAAUCAAAUCUACUUGUGGUAACUCAGCCAUCUUGUUUACUGCUUUCAACGAUUUGUGGAAAGCUGAUGGUCCUUUCAAUGCUGAAAAAUACUGGGGAUUCUUAUCGUCAGCUUAA